CUACGGAAUUUUUAUAUCAACAAGAUGAUCUGCUCAGUCAAGCAUUCACCCGCUGCCCUUGGUGUUCCCGAUCUCUUACGGCUCCGGCCCAAAGCAUCAGGGCUGCGUCCGCAAUCCUGUUCACUUCCCUCUAUGUCAGCCCCAAAAGGCUCCAACUUCGGCCUCUGUGCUCGGAAACCCCUUUAUAUUUCAUCUAUUGAAGCUUUUGGAUCUUCAGAGAGUGCAAAACCACGGAAGCCUAUUAUCGAGUGCAAAGCCUAUGAAGCUGAUCAAUCACAACCGAUCGAACUAUCUGACCAGCAAGUAAAAGCAGCCGCAGCUCAGAAGCUGAAAAUAAGUAUCUAUUUUGCAACUUGGUGGGCUUUGAACGUUGUCUUCAACAUAUACAACAAGAAGGUUCUCAACGCGUACCCCUACCCAUGGCUCACCUCCACUCUGUCUCUCGCUGCGGGAUCGCUCAUUAUGUUGGUCUCCUGGGCUUUUCGGAUUGUUGAAGCCCCGAAAACUGACUUGGAAUUCUGGAAAACUCUCUUUCCGGUUGCGGUAGCACAUACCAUCGGACAUGUUGCUGCGACUGUGAGCAUGUCGAAGGUUGCGGUUUCGUUCACUCACAUCAUCAAGAGUGGUGAACCUGCUUUCAGCGUCUUGGUCUCGAGAUUUAUCUUAGGUGAAACUUUUCCAGUGCCGGUAUAUCUGUCGCUUGUGCCAAUUAUCGGCGGUUGUGCUCUUGCUGCUGUCACAGAGCUUAACUUCAACAUGAUUGGGUUUAUGGGGGCUAUGAUAUCAAAUCUGGCGUUUGUGUUCCGGAACAUAUUCUCAAAGAGAGGGAUGAAGGGAAAGUCUGUCAGUGGCAUGAAUUACUAUGCUUGUUUGUCUAUAAUGUCUCUGCUGAUUCUCACCCCCUUCGCUAUUGCGGUGGAGGGUCCACAAUUUUGGGUAGCUGGCUGGGAGAAAGCGAUCUCUCAGAUUGGACCCAAUUUCAUAUGGUGGGUGGCGGCACAGAGUGUGUUUUAUCACUUGUAUAAUCAGGUUUCAUACAUGUCCCUGGAUGAGAUCUCACCUUUGACGUUUAGCAUUGGAAACACCAUGAAGAGGAUUUCUGUCAUUGUCUCGUCCAUCAUCAUCUUCCGCACACCUGUCCAACCAGUCAAUGCCCUUGGAGCUGCCAUCGCAGUCCUUGGAACCUUCCUUUAUUCUCAGGCUAAACAGUAAGAAAUAGGAGCAAGGAACUUAGCCUUAUCUUUCUUGUAUCAGCAUGAAGGGAAAAGAUGGUUGGAGAGAUUGACUAAAGCUGUUGAUAGUACUCAUUUCAUGGCCCAAGAAUAUUGGGUUUUUGGUCUUACGGAGUUUCCUCUUGUUGAUAGGAAUAAGAAAGAUUAUCAGUAAUAGUAUUACCAUACAGCUGGAUAUAUAGGUGUUUUGGUGAUUCAUUUACAUUGAAAUUAUCUGUAUCUUUUUUUCAAUUCUUGGGGAUUGAAAAUAAUGUCUCUAUGAACAUAUAACCCAUUGGUAUGAUAUUGAUAGGUUCCUUUGUUUCCACU